AUGGAUAUAUCGACGGGAAGCACCGCAGGUUGCGGCUGUGGCGGAGGUCCUGUGCUGCCAAAGACCAUUCGCCGUGAAUGGCUGCAGGAGCUAACAGCUCAGACGCAGCUGAAUACCUCCGAGGUAAAAGCCCUGUAUGCCCGCUUUAGGCGCUUGGCACCAAGCGGCUACCUCUUGCCGGAACAGUUCAAGCAGACCAUGGGUGUCCUCGGGCUGUCCGACGAUCCCUUCCUGGCGGAGCACAUGUUUCGAGUGUUCGACUCCUCUGGCGACGGUCAGCUGAGCUUCCACGAAUUCGUGGCAGCGUUGGCGAUCAUGAUCCGUGGCACUGAGGAGAAGGGAAAUCAGGGAAUGGGUGUGUUUGAAGAUUUUGAAGUCAGCAAGCUGCCAGAUUUGACGUGGAUAUGUGGAUGUUGCACUGAAGUGAGGCUGAUUCGUGCUUGCAGAGGGCUCACAUCUUCCUUGGUUGACAUGGAACGCUUGUUCUAUGAGAUCGUGGGUGCAGAUGUUUCGGUGAUGACCCUGGAGAUGUAUAAGGCUGGCGCAAUUGGGGUUUUUGAGGAUACGGCUGGGAGGUGCCAAAAACGUCGCAGCGCAUCGCAAUCGCAGGCAGCUGUGCAGCAUGAGGAGUUCUUAAUGGCCUUGGGAAUUGUUCAUAGAGGAGGUAGCGCUCCAAGGCGGAAAAGCAUCAUCAGCACAGCCGGCCAUUCUCCAUCGGCCAGCCGCACACACUCCCGGAGCCAGGAGAAAGAUCAUGUCCUGGUGCCCUUUGUACAGAUUGCGGACCUGCGAUCCCGUUUGGAUCGCGUCGAAGAACUUCUGCAGCAGAAGGUGAACGAAGCAAGCAAAACCGAAAAGUAUGAGGAUACACAGAUCGUUGGCUCGGACCAGUCACCCAUCCGUCGGCCAUCCUCCCCACCCGUGAACCUCGUCUCGGCAGCGGUGGCAGAUGCAUGGCAGGACCUCGCAAAAUUCAUUGAGGAGUGGGACGUGAUUCGUGGCAAAGGCUCUGCCACUGGUCUUCGCGGCGCUUCAGAGGCAAGUCUUCAUACGACUGUCCCUGGUUUCGAGAGAGAAGACGGCGAAGUCUCUCGCGAAGCCUCCAGGGCUGUCUCCAGGAUGAGUUCGAGGCUCUCCGAUGGAGCAGAGCCGCUAUGGCGCAAGCAGGAGACCAUGCAGGCCAGCCACAGGAAAGGCCACAAGUCUGUCAGGUUGCUUCGCUUGCCGGGACCUAAAAAGGGCCUGGCGGUGCACUUCGGUCAUGAGAGCUGGAAUAUGGUUCUCAGCAUGAUGGUUGGAAUUCGAAUGUCCGUUGCACGCUGCAAACAUGAGAUGCAUCGUGAGCUUCAGCCUGUGGAUUUCAUCAUGCAGGAAAAGUUCACCAUCACUCCACGUUUGAUGCCCUACACUGACGAGCGGAAAACGACUCGUUUCGUGGACUUUGCGCCCAUGGUCUUUCAAGAGAUCAGAACUCAAUUCGGCAUCCACGAGGAGGAAUAUUUGCGUUCUGUAGGACCUGAGCAGAUGCUUGGGAACAUGGUUCUUGGAAACCUCUCCUCUUUGUCCGAGCUCUCCUCCGAAGGAAAGAGCGGUGCAUUCUUUUACUACACAGCUGAUGGAAAGUACAUGAUGAAGACGGUCACGCCCAAGGAGUUUGUACUUUUGAGGCAAAUUCUGAAAGGGUACUACGACCACAUCAAAAACAAUCCCGAGACACUGGUGGUUCGGUUUUUGGGCCUCCAUUGCCUCCGAGUUCAGAAGCGAGUCUCUCGUUUCAGGCCAUUGAAGCAAAAGAAUCUCUAUUUUGUUGUAAUGGCCAAUAUGUUCAAUACGCCUGUUGAAAUUCAUCGCCGCUAUGAUCUAAAGGGAUCAUGGGUUGGCAGAUUGACUGCAUCCGAGAAGCGAGAUCCACACGUCGCCUUGAAGGAUGUGGAUUUUCAGAAAGCUGACGAGAAGAUCAAGCUUGGCGAGGAGCGCCGCUUGAAGAUGUUAGCUCAGAUACAACGCGACAGUGAAUUUCUGUCAAACAACAACAUCAUCGACUACUCCUUGUUGCUGGGAAUCCAUGAAAAAGAUCCCAAGGUAAUGUUCGCACGUCUUCUCCUUCUUUUAGUCUUGCCCACGGAUGCUCGACGCGUCCGUGCUGGCCAUUCUGGCCGCACCAUUCUCUUGGAGAUUGAGGACACUUUGGGGAGCGAGCAGCGUGAGGCCAUUGCUGUUCGUGCUCCACAGAUGGAAGAGUUGCUGAAGCACACCUAUAUGGCAUUGCCAAAGAACAACCGUGGUGCCAUUGGAGCAUCCAUUGCCAACUACGCUUUACACAGGCUUUUUCUGCAGUUGCACAGCUGGCAAAUGAAGGACUUGCAGCCGACACAUGGGGCUUGGCAUGAGCACAGCCCAACUGCUGCGUUGAAACACGCUCCGCAGAAGUUGCUUGAUGUCUUUGAUGAGAGGCUGAACAACUUCGGCUUGGAUUUGCAUGAGUUGUCAGUGCUCGCUGCGACCAUUGAACGUUUGGUGCGCGAUGAAGCAGAUAUGCUCCUGAAUGUGAGCUUCAAAGCAUUGGGUUUCUACUCUGCACAGAAACUCAGCGCCAAUCAUGCGAUGAACGUUAUGGAGGCGUACAUGGCAAGUUAUAUCCUUGGCACAGACUCCUUCGGAGAGGAAACGCACCGUGAACUUUCCGAGGAGAACGUUCGAGUUCUGCUGAAGAACAUCGGGAGCUACCCACGCUGGGAUGAAGUCAGAGGUCUGUUGCAGGACUUCAGUUCCAAGACCGAUGCUGAUCUGGACCUCAGCACCAUGUCCAACAUCCUGCUGCAGACCACGGAUCGAUUUGCUCAGCUGGAGGAAGGUGAAUGCCAAGUUCUGAAGAACCAAUUGCUGGCCAUGGAGGAACGUCCAGGAUCCGGCCGCGUUCUGUUGAGCGACUUCUAUCGUCCAGCUCUGCACCAGGGCACCUUAGAGUUCACAGAAAGCUUGGACUUCCUCCGACAGCAAGGUGCCAUUGAUGAAUCCGAUCCCCAGUCGAUUCGUGUGAUUGUUCCCAACUACAUGAUGGCUGACUCCAACUGUUUGGCGUCUUCGGAGUACUUCUCCGUGUGCUGCGCGGAUCCCUGCGAGGAGCUGAUGGAUCAGCUUGAAGCCUCCGUGGCAGCGCCAAGUGCAUCACCCGAGAGCCUGUUGGAUGCGGUAUCAGCUUUGCCCUUGGGCCUCACCAACCGUAGCUUUGCUGCUGAAGGAGAACUCUCAGCCAGGCUCCAUGAGGUGGCAGAUCAUCAUGACGGAGAGGUGCCUCUGCACGGACGCUUGUUCGCGCAAUGGAUGCACUACGCAUUUCCUCGCCAUUGUCCAUUUCCCCAUGUUUCGGGAACAACGAAGCGUCAGAGCUUGACGCAGUUCCAAGCAGAACGCCACGAGCGUGCUGCCUUCGCAGAGUACAAAGAGAUGCGCGAAGUCAGUGAGAUGUCAGACACUCGGGGCGAUGUGAGCGACUUCAGCAUGUGGUCGGAGGAUGAGGAGCUCAUCGAUCCCAGAGGCAAUCUGAAGAGCAAGCACGAGCAGACCCCUGGUUUGUUGUCCGAAGAUCGGAGGACGAUUUACUUCAUGGGCAUCAUCGACAUUCUGACACCAUACGAUGAAAUGAAGAAGCUGGAACAUCGGUUCAAGGCGCUACGCCACGAUUGGCGUGGGGUCUCGUGUUGCCCUCCUCCGUUCUACGCAAGUCGCUUCUGCAGUUUCCUAGAGAAGGCGAAACUGGGAAAAUGUUGGAAAACCCCAUGGGUUUGUUGA